AUGGUCGGCGCCUCUGCCGCCAAAUGCAAGGCCAACGCCGCAGGCUGCGGCAAGUGCAGCAGGGACGGCAGCCGCUGCGUGUCCUGCUGGGACACGUACGGCCUGACCUCCUCUGGCAAGUGCGUCGAGUGCAAGGUGCGCGGCGAGAUGGGCUGGACCUGCACCAAGUGCAAGGGCAACGACCCCUCCUUCUGCCUCAAGUGCGAGGACUACGAGGGCUACCAGCCCACCGGCGUGUUUGCCACCAAGGGAGGCCGCUGCAAGUCGUGCCUGGACAAGUCCUGCAACCGCUGCGCCGCCAUCACCGGCACGUGCCAGGAGUGCAACCGCGGCUUUGGUCUGCUCGCAAGCAAGGCCUGCAAGGCCUGUGCCGACGAUAACUGCAUCACCUGCGACGGCAACGUGCGCCGGUGCACCCUCUGUUACUCCGGCCACGCGCCGGACAAGAACGGCAAGUGCAUUCCUUGCACCGACAAGCACUGCGAUGUCUGCUCCAAGACCGCCGGCAAGUGCGAGUACUGCACCGUGGGUUACAAGCAAGUCAGGGGGCGGUGCGUGGUGGAUUCCAAGGCUGCCGCCCCUUGA